AUUAUGGGUUGGUGGUCCGCUUCACGCUAGGAGGACACCCCUCCAUCUGUUCACAGUUCAGCCUGCUUCCAAUUUAAAGCUGAGAUUUCAACACAAACCUCAAUUUCUUUCCCCCAUUUUAAAUGCAAAGCAAGGCUUGUGAAUCCUAGUGUCUCUGCUCCUAGAAUUCAGACCACUUUCCACUCCCCCCUCCCAAAAUUAUCCGGGUGUUUGUUUGAAUACCUGCUUGCUGUGGCACACAAUGGGCAGCUUUGAGAAGAAAAAUUGAUAAUCUUCACGGAAGAGUAAUUUGAAUGAAAUUACACUUGACAGCCAGUCUCCAAACAAACAAGAGGCGCGAGGGAGCCUCAGCUAAGCUCCAAGGACUUGCCCCAGCCACUGCUGCUGGAGCUGCCCAGGGAAAAAAGAGCACCUGCUUUUUCAACAUCUAAUUGAGCUUUUGACUAAUUCCGGACGCCAGAUUCUCCCGAAAAAAGCUAGCCAUGGAAGAGAAUAUGGAAGAAGGACAGACACAAAAAGGGUGUUUUGAGUGCUGUAUUAAAUGCCUUGGAGGUAUUCCCUAUGCCUCUCUGAUUGCCACCAUCCUGCUGUAUGCAGGCGUGGCCCUGUUCUGUGGAUGUGGUCAUGAAGCCCUUUCUGGAACAGUCAACAUUCUGCAGACCUACUUUGAGAUGGCAAGGACUGCUGGAGACACGCUGGAUGUUUUCACCAUGAUUGACAUCUUUAAGUAUGUGAUCUAUGGCAUCGCGGCGGCUUUCUUCGUCUACGGCAUUUUACUGAUGGUGGAAGGUUUCUUCACGACUGGGGCCAUCAAAGAUCUCUAUGGGGACUUCAAAAUCACCACGUGCGGCCGCUGCGUGAGCGCCUGGUUCAUCAUGCUAACAUACCUCUUCAUGCUGGCCUGGCUGGGCGUCACGGCUUUCACCUCGCUGCCAGUGUACAUGUAUUUCAAUCUGUGGACCAUCUGCCGGAAUGCCACACUAGUGGAGGGAGCAAAUCUCUGCUUGGACCUUCGUCAGUUUGGGAUUGUGACAAUUGGAGAGGAAAAGAAAAUUUGUACGGUCUCUGAGAAUUUCUUGAGGAUGUGUGAAUCUACUGAGCUGAACAUGACCUUCCACUUGUUUAUUGUGGCACUUGCUGGAGCUGGAGCAGCAGUUAUUGCUAUGGUCCACUACCUUAUGGUCCUGUCUGCCAACUGGGCCUAUGUGAAGGAUGCCUGCCGGAUGCAGAAGUACGAGGACAUCAAGUCAAAGGAGGAACAAGAGCUUCACGACAUCCACUCCACUCGCUCCAAAGAGCGGCUCAACGCGUACACAUAAACACGCUUCUGUGUUCCUUACCGCUCGAAUGCAUUGGUGUUUAAUUAAGGGCCAUCCAACCAUCCAACCUGUGAAAAGCAAACCGAGAGUGCUUCUCAUCAAAGAGAUCUAGGGUGACUAGCGGAGCCCCUGAGUACAGCUCUUUGCUGUUUAGCAUUCAAUCUCUUGAUUUGUUAAAUUGGAAUUACCAAAUCUCAUCUACAAGCUCCUAUUCAGUUUUUGCUUUUGUUUUUGUUUUUGU